CGAUGGGUGAGUGCCAUUGCGCGAAAGCAUUCGUGCGUUGGACGCGUAACGAAGCGGUUUAGCUUUUUUGGAGCCUUUUUCUUCUCUGUGUGUGUGUGUGUGGGUUCGCGCGUUUUACCCCGAGGUGUAGUGUAGAGUUUUCAGUUGUGAGUGAUUUUACAGACCCUCCGGUACAAAAAAAUAAGGAUGAAGACGACCGCACAGCCACCGUUUGACAUUGUGACGGAGCCGCCAUCGCAGGAGCUGCUCGAGGUGUCGCGCCACGAGCUGCGCGAAACGCCCGAGGUGCGCGAGCAGGCGAUCCUGAAGUUGCGCGAGCUGCUGCACAACGCCACCGAUCUGCACUACGCGGACGACGACGACUUCCUGCUGGUGUUUCUGCGCCCGUGCCACUUCUACCCGGACAGUGCGCUCAAAAUGAUGCGCAGAAUAGCCGACUUCAAGAAGAACAACUACCCGCUCAUGCACAACCUGGCGCCGGAGGAUGAGAAGCUUUCCUUUAUCGAUCACAAGAUCGUGAACGUGCUGACGAACCGCGACCGCAAGGGUCGGCGGAUACUGAUCGUAAGCUGCGGCGCCGUCUGGGACCCGAAAGCGGUGACGGCCGAAAAGCUGUUCCGGAUGUUUUACCUGGUGCAUCUGGUCGCCCAGCUCGAGCCGGCCACCCAGAUCAACGGGGUGGUGAUCGUGAUGGACUUUGAGGGUUUGUCGCUCAAGCAGGUUCGUGGCCUGUCGCCCUCGUUCUCGAAGCUGCUGCUAACGUUCCUGCAGGAGGCGGUGCCGCUGCGCAUGAAGGAGUUCCACAUCCUCAAGCAGCCGUAUAUCUUCAACAUGGUGUGGACGCUGUUCAAGCCGUUCAUUGGCGAUAAGCUGAAGAAGCGGCUCUACUUCCACGGCAGCGACAUGAAGAAGCUGCACAAGCACAUCGACCCGGCCGAUCUGCCCAAAAACUAUGGCGGCACGCGGCCCGCCCUCGACUACAGCUCCCGCGACUGGUAUCCCUGCAUCGAGAAGUACACCGACCACAUCCAGCGAUGGAACGGCUACGGCUACGCGGCCGGACCUUGAGAGCAGCGUGCCGGGGGAGGGUGUGUGCGAAUCCAAGUCAGCAAAAACACAAACAAACAAUUUCGCACCAAUUUCCAAAGAAAAACGGGCCAAAAACUACUUACCGCGAGUGAGACUUACAUUCACAAACAAUUUAGACGUUAAGCACAGGUUGCAGGGUACGGUGGGUGACAAAGGGGGAGGUGCGAAGUCCGAUUGUCGCCGAUCAACGCGAAGGGUGAUAAGCAAUCGCGCGGACAAUGACGUCGAACGCAAUCGAGCAUACGGUACGGUGUGGCGAUAAGGUUCGAAGGACCAUACCGGCCCACCACGAAAACACGCAUGGGAUCAAAACAGGGACACUAUUAGUGAUUAGGAUGGGUGGAACACGGAGCAUUUUGCGUGCCUGUGUGUGCCUGUGUAUAAGGAUUAGUGAGAUUAAUCCCCGUUCAAUGUGGGUGCGUGCAGUUCGGGUAUUUAUCGCUAUAUAAAUUGAAUAAACUGACGAUCGAUCAAAGGA